UGAGUUCAUUUGUGUUGACUUGCACUGGAAAAAAUAUUACCAUAGUAAAUAGAAUGUAUUACGUUGAUCUAUUUAAUAUAUUAAACAAUGGUGGUCUGGCAUCGCAGAUCCUCCCUGAAGAAUCGAGCCCACGAUCACGAUUCCAGGUGAUAAAACCAUAUCCCUCGUUUGUUAUUUGUGGUUAGAAGAUACAAGAUAUGGAGGAAUGGUUAAAUGCCCCGAGAACUGGAGGGGAAGGUAGGGCAAAAGGUGAGCAAGGAACAACUGAAUUUCUCAGUGGUGAACAUCACUGGUAUGCUACAACUCAUGCCAGGCCCACCUACUGCAAUGUAUGCCGAGAUGCACUCUAUGGUGUUACUUCGCAUGGACUCAGUUGUGAGGUGUGUAAAUAUAAAGUACACAAGAGAUGCAGUACCAAAGCAAUUAAUAACUGCAAGUGGACCACCCUAGCAUCAAUAGGAAAAGACAUCAUAGAAGAUCACGAUGGGAAUAUUCAAAUGCCUCACCAGUGGCUGGAAGGAAAUUUACCAGUAUCUUCCAAGUGUUCCGUGUGUGAUAAAACAUGCGGUUCCGUUCUCAGACUACAAGAUUGGAGAUGUUUAUGGUGCAGAGCAACGGUUCACACAGCGUGUCGGCCAUUAUUUUAUCCCGAAUGUCCGUUGGGUCCUUCGAAGCUCAGUGUUGUACCUCCAACGGCAUUGCACAGUAUUGGUAGUGAUGAGGCUUGGGAAGCGGUUAGACCAGUAGGAUGUAGUCCAUUAUUAGUAUUCGUCAACAGUAAAUCGGGUGACAAUCAAGGAAUGAAAUUUUUAAGGCGAUUCAAGCAAUUAUUGAAUCCUGCGCAAGUUUUCGAUUUGAUUAAAGGAGGACCGGGAUCGGGGCUAAGACUCUUUCGGCAUUUCGACCCGUUCCGGAUUCUGGUCUGCAGUGGAGAUGGGUCUGUUGGUUGGGUCCUUUCGGAGAUCGAUCGGUUAGGAAUGCACAAACAGUGUCAAGUGGGUGUACUUCCGUUGGGUACGGGAAAUGAUCUCGCCAGAGUUCUCGGUUGGGGAGCAUCUUGCGAUGAUGACACCCAUCUACCACAGUUAUUAGAAAAGUAUGAAAAAGCAGGCACUAAAAUGUUGGAUCGAUGGAGUAUUAUGAGCUUUCAACGAAGUAUUUCCCUUCCGUGUCAGAAAAUGUCACCUAAUCAGUCUAAACCAGUAUUGAGCGUCUCAAUAGUUCAUCAGUAUGAGAAUAAUGUCAUAUCACAUUUAACAAAUAUGAUACAGUCUAAUCAGGACACGAUAAUGAUAUCCAGCGCCAAUGUACUCCGUGAAACCGUGAAAGAUUUUGCUACCAAAUUGCUGGAAGCUAAUCUUCAAAUGGGCGACCAGAUAUUGUGCGAAAAAUGCCGAAUACUUGAGCAUGAGAUGGAUCAAUUGCUUCAAAUAAUUAAUAAUGAAAAUAUGUCAGCCAACAACGAUGAAGAGCGAGAUGAUAGAAUCCUCGGAUCGGAUCCAUUCUCACCAAUGGGCGAGUUUGAGAAAGGCUCACUUGAGAAGCCAGAGAAAGAUAUGACGAAUUUAAAGCGUGUGAGAAAGAUUCGCGAUACGUUCGAGCAAGAUCGAAUAUUGUCAAAAGUAAAUAGCCUGAAACGAGCGAUACGACAACUAGCUGAGCACGCCGAAUUGUUUAUUGAUGAGCAGAAGAAUUCAUCUAUCAAAGUAUUUAAUAAACAUGGUAAUAUGACAGCAAUUUCCGAGGAUAACACCCCUACAAUCAGAAUGGAGCCCGAUUACUUGGAGUCCAAAUGCACUCCAAGUGAUAGCAGCAUGUUUCUUAUACCAACACCUAUAUCAUCUGAAAGUAGUGACGUUUCUCCCUGUACGAGUCCUAUGCGAAAUUUAGUUUCUCUCAGUCCUAUGCCGGAUUUGCGGAGAGAUUCGCAAGUUGAAGAUAUGGUGACAUUACCGGCACCGGAUGGAUUUGCCGAUAGCCGACGAAAUAGUUCCAAUACCAGUCCAGGGGUUUUUCAGUUCUCAACACCAGCGGAUAUUAUCACGGUUCAACGUGCCAUGGAAGUGGUAGCAGAGCAACAGUCCGAACAGUCACAGUUAGAAACUCCUACAGAUAAUCAAAUAACCGUAACAAGCACAACAUUAGAUACAACUUCCAAAUCCGAUGACACUACAAUUCAAGAUGUAGUGAUAUCACCAGAUUCGGAUUCUCCCAAUUCUACAAACAUGUCAUUAAUCCAUAGAACUGAUCAUGCAACUAGAACUGAAAAUUCAAAAAGCAGUGGUAGCAAUAGUAUUGCCAGUUCAGACAGUAUUGUUUCUGAUACACUAGACUCAAAGAGCUUCACCGUUAAACACAGUGAAAGUGAAAUUGGACACAUAGACAGUGAUAUAUUGGAUUCAACAAAACUCUCGGAGAGUCCUGAUAUGGGACAUAUUGAUUCACCGGAGCUUUCGGAGCUACAAAAUUCGGAAAGUAUAAUCGAUGAUCUCAGUUCCCUGGGACAGGAUUUAAUGAGCACAAUGUUGGGUGAAAAGUAUGAUUCAGUUCGGGAAUGUAUCGAGACCGUUGCUGAUAAGCCAAAGAAAUAUUGCAGCUUGGCACAAUUUGUUGAGGGCAAUGAUAUUGCGAGAAGAUCCUUCAAAAGGCCUUGUCGUUAUGUUUCCUCGUUAGUGAAGGACGAUCAGAAAGGUAGUGAGCAAUUAUUGGAUGGGAAGACAGAUUUAUUGAGCCCAGUGUGUUGCUUCAAAGUGACCUCAGACUCGGGACCGCCCGAGAAAUCCUCUCCAAACUUUCCUCCAGCAAUAAGCGUUAUAGUUGAUCCACCAAGCCCAUCCAUGUCAAUUGAAAGUCACGCUGAAGAUCAUCCUUCCAAAUUGCGAAGACUCAGCAGAUGUAGUAUGGAGCGUUUGAGUGUAGAAUUACCAGAACUCGGUUUCUCCCCACAAGCGACACGUCGAAUAAGUAGCGGAAGCUUAUUAAAAGCUUCUGAGGUUGUUUCAUUAGCAGCUACAGCGUCCAGGUUUGGUGGAUCAAGUAUGAGUCUCCGUCAUGAUCGAGCGUCAUCAGUAGAUAAAACCGAAGACGUGAAGAAAUUGCCAAUAAUAAAUCCCCUCGUGAGACUUCCAAUGUGGCCGAAUGUGAGUGGUGGAGCUGGAUUAAUAAGUCAAGCCCUUCUGGCGAAUGCUGAUGCUCUUUGUGCGGCUGUUUCACCCUUAAUGGAUCCGGAUGAGACCCUAAUGGAGGGCUAUUUUGAACGUUGCGUUAUGAACAACUAUUUUGGUAUUGGCAUCGAUGCAAAGAUCAGUCUAGAUUUCCAUCAGAAACGAGAAGAGCAUCCCGAAAAGUGCAGAUCUAGGGCGAAAAAUUAUAUGUGGUAUGGUGUACUUGGAUCAAAACAAUGGCUUCAGAAGACGUAUAAAAAUCUUGAACAAAGAGUACAACUUGAGUGUGAUGGACAACGAAUUCCUUUGCCCUCAUUGCAGGGCAUUGUUGUCCUAAAUAUUCCUAGCUUUAUGGGUGGAACGAAUUUUUGGGGUGGCACAAAAGAAGGGGAUUUGUUUUUGGCUCCCUCAUUUGACGAUAGAAUUCUUGAGGUUGUUGCUGUGUUUGGAUCAGUCCAAAUGGCUGCCUCCAGGCUCAUUAAUUUACAACAUCACCGUAUAGCACAAUGCCAAACUGUGCAAAUUAAUAUUUUAGGAGAUGAGGGAGUUCCAAUUCAGGUCGAUGGGGAGGCGUGGAUUCAACAACCUGGUAUCAUCAGAAUUAUUCAUAAGAAUCGUAUGCAGAUGCUGUAUAGGAAUCGUGCACUUGAGACGUCCUUGAAAACGUGGGAGGAAAAACAGAGGAGUAAUAAUACAACAACAGCAUCACAAUCAACGUCAACUCUGAGUAACCCAUCGAGGUCUCGUUCCAAUUCACGUCGACUGACAAUAGACAGUAAACCGAUACAAUUGUACGAAGAGGAAUUCAACAUUCUCCUUGGAUUCAUUGAGGUUGUCACUACACUGGUAAAAUGGGUAAAAUUGUUGAUAAUUUCUCAUCCGAGUCUGGAGCCCGAUCUUUAUCAAAUUGCUGACAGAACUGCUCAUAGUUUAGAGAAAGUCCAUCCUGAUGGAAAAAUUCUUGAGGGGCCAAGUUUAAGACCAGUCGUCACGGAAGUGGUAUCCAAUGCGCGACAAUUAUAUGAAGAAUCGUGUGAGCUACUACGAGAUAAAGCCCACAAACUGAGGUUACGCGAGGAUCUGGAGAACAAGUUGUCACAGGCAUUAGCAAUGAUGGAACAUGAAUUGCGCAAGUGCGUAUUCGAUGAGGCUGGCACGGGUAUGGUGUACCUCCAAAAUAUUCCAUCAGAUGAUCAGGGUGAUAGAAAGAAUCGUCAUCGAGGUUUGUUUUGGUUGAAGUUCCGCCGUUCGGGUGGCAAUAGUGGUGGAAGUCAUCCAGCCCGGGAUCAAGUGACAGCAUGGAGUGUGCAGGAUGUAUGUAUUUGGUUGGAGAACCUCCAACUUGGCGAGUACACCGAACAAUUCAUAUCUCAUGACAUACGUGGAAGGGAAUUACUAUCUCUUGCCCGGCGAGACCUCAAGGAACUUGGAAUUAUCAAAAUUGGUCACGUCAAACGUAUACUUCAAGCUAUCAACGACCUGAAUAACUAAAUUUAAUACUUUUUCACUCAUUGCUCUCUUCAAUGUUUUAAUUAAUAUUCGAAUAACGAAUUCGAACAGAAUAUGCAAGAUCAAGGCUGUGUUGGAACUUUCAAAGAUGAAAAAUAGUGGAAUUCAAAGUUUUCCAAUAUUUUUCGUUACCAUAAUUACAAACUCGAAGGAGGUCAUGUCUCCAAUGAGAACCAGGAACAGUAUUAGACACUUUUGUCAACGACUAUGAACUUUUCAUUGGUAGUCAUAUUUAAAAACGGCCUUGAGUGAGAUAGGUAUACAUCCCUUUACUGUUUGAUGUAUUUCAAUUUUUAUUCAAUCUUCUAACGUCAAUAAGCCACGGAACACUGUGCAAUGCCAAAGGAGUCAUGUCUUAUGAGUGUUAGAGGGCUAGUGAUCCCAUUUGGACGGGAACAUUAAUUAUUUCUUGUUCAAUUGACAUUCUCUUGAAUAUCUUCUAUUAUAUCUAUAUAGAAUUUUUUUGCACAGCAAAAUCAUAAUAUCUAAAUAAGUAUUAAAAAAAAAUACUCUCUAAUUAGUAGAUGGUCUUUUGAAGACUUUUUUCAUCUCUCUUUUGACUAUUUGCGAUCUACUGUUUUCUAUUUGCUCCCUAAUUCUAUCAAAUCACUUCAAUUUUUCACAUUUACGAAAAAGUGAUAUUUGAUAAUUUAUGUUGUGUGUAAAAUACUACUGUAGGUUCUGCGAGGUGGUUACUUUCAUUUUUCCAUAAAUAUACAACGGAAAGAAAUGGAAGCGAUCCUGUUGCAGAACAGUUGUUAUAGACUUUAGUCUUUUUUUACGAAUCUCUAGUCGGGUAAUUCUCUGUACAAAUACCCUAAGACCUCCAAACUCGUCCUAUUCUUUCGUGGACACGGAAACUUUUAAAAAAUCGUUUUUCCAUCCGCAAUUCUGAAAAAUGGAAAAUGCGAUACUGAAUGUUAUUCGAUGAGGUAGAAAUUCACGCGAGACAGAAAUAUAAUUUCGGUUUUUACGACAUAUUAAAAUCCCAUCACAAUAAAGACAUUUUUAUCGGGGAAUAUCCUGUUAUUGCUGAACAAAUCCUGUGAUAAAUUAAUCUGAUAUAAGUUAUAGUUUAUCAUCUACAAUAUCUUUUGAAGUAAAAUUGCAAGCAUAUGCAUUUUCCCAGUUGAAUUUAACAUAAUUCAUUGCAAAUUCAUUUGUCUCUUCUGAAAAUAUUUGAAUCUACAUUCCUUUUAUCAUAAUUCGGAUGGAAAAUUCAAUCAUAGAGACAUUGCAAAAACACAAUCUACUUCUAAAAAACACAAUUUUCUCCUAAAUAAUAAUACUAAAGUUCGAAAUCGAAUGCAGAAAAAUAAACUGAAUACGAAGGGGGAUUUCAUAUUUUUUUAAGUGAAUGCAUACGGGCGCAUGCUCGUGUAUUGAAACUCUACUGUAGAUUAGUCAAUUCACUUGUUUUACUUAUGAUCAAUUCCUCACGAGUACUUAAUAACUGUAAGAUCGACGAAUACGGGAGAACAACGAAUGCAUGCAGUUGUGGAACUUUGAUGAUUAUCAAAGUCAAGUACAAUUCCUCUCUCGAUGCAAUUUCAUUAAUCCAAACACCUUCCAACUCAUUCUUCAACCACUUUGAAGUGUCCUUGAUGUCGUCACAGACGAAAUAUUGUCAUUGGGAAAAUUCCCGGUAAAGUUCUAACUACCCAUUUAUCCAUUUGCAUCGCAAGAGAUUGACAAAGCGGGAAAUAAUAUUGAAAAUCCUCCCAUCAAGAAAAUUGAAAAUAGAUCAUUACCUAUUAAACGUACAAUGAAACCAUGAAACGGAUAUUAUCAAACGAAUUAAAUGAAGUAUCUCGCGGGACUCAAGAAUAAAUAAGAUCAUUUAAACUUAACAAUAUCUAUGUUCAAUGGAACACAUAAGAAAAAUUGGCCAACGAAUGACAAACACGCAGACGAUAAACGCUGCUAUAAUUACGGGUCUUUUAACAGAACGCAAUACGAAAUAAUAUAUUGGGAUAUCCUCUAUUUUUUGUAAUACGUGACCAGGUCACUUUUGGGGCGUGUAGUGGAGCAGUCUUCAGUUUUAAGUGCUGACCACUUGAUGGACUCCGGGACAAAAUACCUUGAAACAACAAUUUCAUUUCGAGGAUGUUCCUAUUAUCGUAAUUUCCGAUUCGAAGGAUUUGUUAUUUCACAUGUUUUAUUUUUGACAAAAUUAUUUCAUUAGAAUUAUUUUUUCAAAUGUAUUUUUCUACAUUAUUUUGGCGAUUUGUAAAAUCUGUACACCUUUGUACCUCCUCCCGAAAAGAAAGUUUUCCAUUCACUAAACCGCCCUGAAAGAUGAGCUUUCCAGACAACUAUUACAAAGAAGAAAAUUCUACAAGAAUUAAUGAUUUAACAAUUAAUUGCGUAGAGUUUCGUUCAACGGGUACCUUAAUAGGCCACAAAAUCAAAAAGAGUUCAUAAAAUGAUACUUUCGGUGAUGGUAUACAAAUAAAUAUUAUUGCAGUCCCAUGAAAAAUUAAUGGAAGUAACAAAUGUAGAGAAUAACUGCAUUUUUCUGUCGAAUACUGGUGUAAUAAUUCAAGAUGUCUAAGAAAAAAUGUCAUUUUGUCGGAGUCGCUAUAUGCGGCGUUUCUUGCCUUUUCCAUUAAUCGGGAACUUGCGUAUUCAUUUCUACAUUUUGUUGUUACUCAAAUCUGUCAAUUCCCCCCCAACAUACGACCGACUAUUGCUGAACCGUGUGACUACAAUGUUUUCCAAUUUUCUUCCACAACGAACUAUCUCAGAUUAAAAAAAUGUACGAGAAAGAAAUAUACAAGUUCCCUCGUAUUCGUGAAUUAGAGUGGUCAUUAGAAUCAAAAUUAAACAGCUCCUGAAAUCAGAAAAAGAGCUGGCAAAAAUGUUUGUACAUAUAUUUUUCUCUAAUACCUUGAUAACUGUUAUGGAAUGUUCCAACUGUUACAUUUUCAAGAAAAACAAACGAAAAAAAACAGAAUGACGAAAGUCACUAGUUUUUUGAUGAAUGAGCCUCAAAUCACCGGUGAUCAUUGCUACAUUGUAAUUUCAUUAGAAAAUGCGGAAGUUUCAUUCCAACGGCACACACAGCCAUUUGUUUUAUUAUCUCGUGUAUCAUCUUAUAGUGAAUCUGGUGACUAUGCGUUGACAAUUAUACCUCUUCCUCCUCAUAAAAUUGUUACUAGUUAUAGAUUUUUUCCAUCAACGAAUUUUCGAUUCUUGUAAUUUUUAGUGUGUGAGCUCUCACCAAGUUGAUGUGAGAUGUGUUUUUAAGUUGAUAGAUUGAUUGAACUAUUGAAUUAGCACUUAUAAAAUAUAAUUGAACAUUUCACGUUCUCUACUACAUAGUGGAUUUAUUUGACUGAAUAGCAUAUAAAUUUGAGAAAGCCCAUAGAACAUUUUGGACACUAAUGAAUGCAAUGAAAUUUUUUCAACAUAAAUUGUGUUCACAUUACGAUUGACGAUUGUUUAGAAAAAAAAAAUUGUAUAACUGCAAACUCUAGGAUACACCUCUUCGUGACGAUUAUGUAGUGAACCUGAAUUUCCGUUUUCUAGGUCUCAAAAUGAUUAUAAAAAAAUCCGUAUAGAAAGGUAGCCAAAAAUUAAUGAACAGAGCAUUAAACAGUAAACAAAAAACUAAUGUGAGAUGAAUAAAUAAUAGGUAUUUCAGAGUUAGACUCUCACCAUAUAUUAGACUGACAAGAUUCUCUCGGAGCGAUGAUUUAAAUUUGGGAAUUCUGUGAUAAUCAAUAUUAUUCUUAGUAUUCCAUUUUGUUUUCGUUUGGAGAAAGAUAAGGGGGGUAUGUACUCAAUUGAAUUCAAUUGUUUGGUUAAUUUUCGUGCUUCGUUCUAUCCCAUUGUUGCUCGAAUUAUGAUCAUUGCGAUCUAUUUAACAUUGAUAAGAUAAUCAAACAAUUAAAUCACUGACGCACUCUACUAAUUUUAGAAAAUGGCAAAGGAAAAAAUGUUAAUUAUUAAAUAAAUUGACUCUUUGAAAACAGA